AUUGGAGGAGGUAUGGGCGAUGGUAUGCCUAUGGACGGCGGAAAAGGAGGAAUGGGCGGCGGUAUGAUGAUGAUGCCAAUGAGAGGUGGUAUAGGUGAUAGUAUGCCUAUGGGCGGCGGAAAAGGAGGGAUGGGCGGAGGUAUGAUGAUGAUGCCAAUGGGAGGUGGUAUGAGCGAUGGAAUGCCUAUGGGCGGUGGAAAAGGCGGCGAUAUGAUGACGAAAAUGCCAAAGGGAGGUGGUAUGGGCGAUGGUAUGCCUAUGGGCGGUGGAAAAGGAGGGAUGGGCGGCGGUAUGAUGAUGAUGCCAACAGGAGGUGGUAUGGGUGAUAGUAUGCCUAUGGGCGGUAGAAAGGGUGAAAAGGGCGGAGGGAUGGGCGGCGGUAUGAUGAUGAUGCCAAUGGGCGGUGGUAUGAGCAAUGGUAUGCCUAUGGGCGGCGGAGAAGGAGGAAUGGGUGGCGGUAUGAUGAUGAUGCCAAUGGGAGGUGGUAUGGGUGAUGGUACGCCUAUGGGCGGCGGAAAAGGAGGGAUGGGCGGCGGUAUGAUGAAAAUGCCAAUGGGAGGAGGUAUGGGCGAUGGUAUGCCUAUGGGCGGCGGAAAAGGAGGGAUGGGCGGCGGUAUGAUGAUGAUGCCAACAGGAGGUGGUAUGGGUGAUAGUAUGCCUAUGGGCGGUAGAAAAGGUGAAAAAGGCGGUGAUAUGAUGAUGAAAAUGCCAAAGGGCGGUGGUAUGGGUGAUAGUAUGCCUAUGGGCGGCGGAAAAGGACGAAUGGGUGGCGGUAUGAUGAUGAUGCCAAUGGGCGGUGGUAUGUCUAUGGGCGUUGGAAAAGGAGGAAUGGGUAGCGAUAUGAUGAUGAUGUCAAUGGGCGGUGGCAUGCCUAUGGACGGUGGAAUGGGCGGGGGUAUGAUGAUGCCAAUUGAAGGUAAGAAAUAUUAAUCUAACUGAACCAUACAAAGGACUUUCCUAGAGAUAUUGGCGAUCUUGUAUACAAUCAGGAAUCAACGUGCUUCUCCUCAUGGACAUGUACAUUGUCGUAUCGUUCAUAGCAACAUUCGUGUAUAUAUUCCA